AUGGGGCUGUUGAUGUUGGCUCCUGUCAUCUUGACGGUUGGCUUCUUGAUCUACUCCAUUGCUCGUAUAGGAAGAAGAGGUCGAAACUUCCCUGAUGGCCCACCUACAUUGCCAAUCGUCGGUAACUUGCAUCAGAUGCCUUUGAAUAAGCCAUAUUUGCAGUUUACAGAAUGGGCUAAGCAGUAUGGAGGGAUGUACAGUCUGAAGCUGGGUCCUGGGACCGCUGUCGUCCUCACGGAUAGACGCAUUAUCAAAGAGCUCAUGGACAAGAAGGCAUCGGCCUCGAGCAAUCGGCCCGUGUCCUUGGUCACGCAGCAUCUCAUCACCGAGGGAGACCACAUGCUCAUGAUGGACAACUCCCCGAGGUGGCGCAUGAUGCGUAGACUGAUCCAUCAAGACUUGACAGAGUCCCUCUGCGAUCGGGAGCACAGCAAGAUUCACCAAGCUGAAAGUGUCCAACUUCUCUACGAUGUCCUGUAUUCAUCCGAUGAAUGGGUACAGCACCUCAAAAGAUUCAGCAACAGCAUAAUCAUGAGUAUCGUGUACGGAAUCCGAUCACCGUCAACUGACGCACCGUGGACCAAGGGACUGAACGACAUCGUCGAGCUGUGGGCUAGGAUUACCGAAUUUGGAGCCACUCCGCCUGUUGAUUUGUUUCCAUUUCUGAAAUUGGUUCCUCAAAGAUUCCUCGGAAACUGGGUAAGCCGCUCAAAGACUGUUCAUGACAAGGUACACGCCCUUUAUGGAGGUCUACUCGAAUCUGUGAAAGAAAGACGAAGGACGACCGGGCCAGUGGACUGCAUCGCGGACCGAUUAUUGGAACAAGAGGAGAAACACGGUCUCUCGGACCACAACGUCAUGCUUCUGGCUGGUGUCACACUCAAGGGGGGCUCAGACACCUCCGCUUCGACCCUGACUUCCUGGAUGCAAGCGAUGGUCCUCUACCCCGAAGUACAGAAGAAGGCCCAGGCCGAGAUAGACGCCGUCGUGGGAGACAAGCGAAUACCGACGUGGUCCGACUAUAAAGACAUGCCCUAUCUCGCCACCAUGGUCAAGGAAGCGAUGAGAUGGAGACCAACGGCACCACUGGGAUUCCCCCAUGCACUAUCAGAAGAUCAAUGGAUCGACGGGAAGUUCCUUCCCAAAGGAACAGUGUUGUUCGUGAACGUCUACGGUUUACAUCAAGACGAAACCAAGUUUCCGAACCCCAACACCUUUGAUCCCGAUCACUAUAAGGGAAGGACAUUACUAGCGGCAGAGUACGCAAACUCUGCAGAUUACGAGAAUCGUGAUCACUAUGGAUUUGGCAAUGGUCGUCGACUGUGUCCGGGAAUACAUUUGGCUGAUCGAAAUCUCUGGCAUGCCAUAGCAAAACUACUUUGGGCCUUCAACAUUGAACCCAAGCUGGACACUGAAACGAACAAGCCGAUUCUACCUGACUCAAGCGUAGAGACAGGUUACAGAGAGGGUCUGACCAUGUGCCCGUAUGACUUCCCGGCGAAGAUCACCGUCCGGUCCGAUUCAAGACGACAACUGAUCUUGAAGGAGUAUGCGGACGCGAAAGCAGACUUCUUUCCCAAGUAUGAAAAAGUUGCUCUGUUCGAGCGGUGA